AUGGCGACCAUUCAUGCUAUCGAUAAACAUUCUGUCCAUAAGAUCUGCUCUGGACAGGUCAUUCUUGAUCUUGCUACCGCAGUGAAGGAAUUUAUAGAAAAUAGCUUGGAUGCAGGCGCAACUUGUGUAGAUGUAAAGUUCAAAGACUAUGGUCUCGAAAGUGUUGAGGUUCUUGACAAUGGCAGUGGCAUCGAUCCUAGUAAUUACGAAUUCCUGGCCCUAAAACAUUAUACUUCAAAACUCGAGAACUUUGAAGAUCUGGAAAAGGUGGCAACUUUUGGCUUUCGUGGAGAAGCAUUAAGCUCUCUAUGUGCGCUUUCUGAUUUGGUGAUCACUACAGCGACCAAGGAACAAGCGCCAAAAGGUGUUCGUUUAAUAUAUGAUUCUGAUGGCCAGCUGGUCUCUACAACACCUGUAGCUCGAUCUGUAGGAACCUCUGUACAGAUUACAAAAAUGUUUCAUUCAUUGCCCGUGCGACAGCGCGAAUUCAAACGCACCAUCCGACGGGAAUAUGGGAAAGCACUUUCCAUGAUUCAAGCUUACGGCAUUAUUUCUCGAAAUACACGGAUAACCGCAACGAACCAAGUAGCCAAAGGAUCCCCUGUUCGCGCGCUAUCAACUAACGGCAAUGAUAAUUUGAAAGACAACAUCGCGAAUAUUUUUGGCUCCAAGUUUUCAACCCAAGUGAUUCCAUUUUCCCUUUGCCUUGAAGACGUGCUGGGACGCAAUGAUGAUCAGACCAUACCACGGAUCGAGGGAUAUAUAUCCAAGCCGCAAUGGGGAUUAGGUCGAAGUGCGGCAGAUCGGCAGUACUUUUAUAUCAAUGGCCGACCGUGUUCUCUACCAAAGAUUGCAAAAGCCUUCAAUGAGCUUUACCGUAAUUUUAUAUCCAACCAAUACCCAUUCAUUGUGGCUGAUUUACAUCUUCAACCUGAUAUGUACGAUGUCAACGUCAGCCCCGAUAAGAGGACCAUUUUCCUGCACAGCGAUCAACUCAUCGCACAACAUAUUAUUGAGGCUCUUACUGAGCAGUUGGAGCCAUAUCGAUCGACAUACGAAGUGAAUCCUUUUGAGAAGCUCAAGAAGAGAAGUCUGUCGGCCGACCUAGUGAAUCAUGCUCAAGUCGAUGAUCUACACGCAAGCCAUGACUUACCGCCAGCAUUGCAACAAAGAGAUUCACCACAAAAUGCGACUUGUGAUCGCUCUACAUCAAUACCUCGGUCUCCGUCGCUUCCGUCAAGUAUCCAGCAUCUGGAAUCACUAGCGUUCGCACCCGCAAUCCGUCGUUAUACCUCGACCACCUCCUCUAAUUCGUCACCCAGCAGAGGCAAACGUCACAGCAACACUUUAUUGAAUUACGUAACUAAGCGUCCCAAGGCCAGUGAAGAUGACGAAAUACAGUAUUCAGCCCCUGCUUUAUAUUCCGAAAAUGCUGUAUCUGAACUUUCGCUGACUGCUUUGGCCCUGAGAUCAAACGAAUCAAACGAAACUACGUUGAACACAUCAGCAUUGAUGGCACAAUCACAACAAGUAGAAACUGAAGCGCAGCAAGGAGAAGAUAUGGAUGUUGACUCUGAGGUUACGGGACUGGAAAAAGACACUGAAAUGGAAAAUGCAGAAGAUACAACCGAAAUACCAACGCCCAAUCAUGCCGAUUUAACAAGCGAGAUACCAAUGCGAGAUACCUUGGAUAAUGAAACGUACUUUGAAGAAGCUCCGUUGACGUUAUCUUUCCGAAAUUUGUGGAAUUCCACGGGCGAACACGCUACAGCUCAUGUUAAUUAUCGAUCCGUGAACCUAUCUUCAGAGCGAUAUCGUCCGAUCUUUUGCGAUGCGAAUGAUGCUGAAGACGCAUUUGGCGACAACGGGGUGGAAGAAGCAAACAUUACGAACACAGUGGAUCUGGAAAAAGCUUAUGACGCUCUGCGUCGCGUGAUUGACAAGUCAGAUUUCAAAAAUAUGCAGAUCCUGGGACAAUUCAACCUGGGGUUCAUCAUCACACUACUGAAUGGAAAGGAUCUUUUUAUAAUUGAUCAGCAUGCAUCGGACGAAAAGUACAACUUUGAAACUCUACAGUCGACUACGCAAAUCAAGGGACAGCGCUUAAUAAGACCACAGCGACUCGAACUGACAGCUUCCGAAGAACUGGUGGUGAUUGAAAAUGCGAAUAUUCUUCGAGCCAACGGUUUCGAAAUUGAAAUCAAUGAGGAUAAUGAAUCAAGCAAACGUGUACAAGUACUAUCCCAGCCGACGAGCAAAAACACCAUGUUUGAUAAAAGGGAUUUCGGGGAGCUAAUAUGCUUAUUGAGCGAACACCCCGGGCAAAUGGUACGUUGCAGUCGCGUUCGAGCCAUGUUUGCAUCCCGAGCGUGUCGCAAGUCGGUCAUGAUUGGCGACCCUUUGAAUAAACGUCAAAUGAUUCAGAUCGUACGUCACAUGAGCGAAAUAGACCAGCCAUGGAACUGUCCGCACGGCCGUCCCACCAUGCGACAUCUCUUCACUCUGCGUUCCAUCGAUAUAUUACAUAAUUCUUCUCGAAAAUUUACCUACCGUGGAUCCAUAUUCUCGUCAAAAUCAUAG